AUGACUCGAUUGUUACAUCUCUAUUUGUAUAACAACAGCUUAGAAGGAAGCAUACCAACGAGUCUGGGAACGUGUAGAUUCCUGCAAGAUGUACGUUUUUGCCAUAAUAAAUUAAAUGGUACCAUACCAAAGCAACUCCUUGGUCUUCCAGCUCUUUCUGUAGUCCUUAAUGUGUCCCACAACUCUCUGACGGGUCCGUUGCCACCAGAAGUAGGAAACCUGAAAUCUCUUGUUGCUCUGGAUUUGUCAUACAACAAAUUUUCCAAAGAGAUUCCGAGGCAGCUCAAGGAUUGUUUGGCGUUGGAAGUUCUUCAGAUGCAGGGGAACUUCUUUGAAGGAACCAUUCCUGAUUUACGAGGGUUAAAAGGUAUUCAAUAUCUUGAUCUUUCCCAUAACAACUUGACUGGCCCAAUCCCAAGCUACAUGGUUAGUUUUUCCUGGUUGCAAAACUUGAAUCUGUCUUUCAACAAUAUGGAGGGAGAGGUGCCGGUACAAGGGAUCUUCAGCAAUGCUACUGCAAUUGAAAUCUAUGGCAACAGUGGGCUUUGUGGGGGGAUCCAAGAGCUGCAGUUGCCUGCAUGCCCCAUUCGAGGGUCCAAGAAGCAUAGAAAGCAUGUUGCUUUUAAGUUGACACUGGCAUUGGGCAUUGCAGCAGCUUUCUGCUUGACGUUGUUGUCUUUGAUUUCCCUGUGCUGCUUGAGAAAGUCCAAGAAGAAAAGUAUUUCUGUUUCUUCUUUUGGGCACUUUUACCAAAGGAUUUCUUAUCAAGAAUUACUCAAAUCAACCGGUGGAUUCUCUGAGAGGAAUUUGAUUGGUUCAGGUCAUUUUGGUACUGUCUAUAAAGGAAAACUUGGUCCAGAUGAAACAAGUGUUGUAGUCAAGGUACUCAACCUUCACAAGGAAGGAGCUACCAAGAGCUUCAUCGCUGAAUGCCAGGCCUUGAGGAACAUCCGGCAUCGACAUCUGGUUAAGAUUCUAACUGCUUGCUCAAGUGUUGAUUAUGAUGGCAAAGAUUUCAAAGCUUUAGUAUACGAGUUCAUGCCAAAUGGGAACCUGGACACGUGGUUGCAUCCAGAAGAUGGAUUCCAGCAGCAGAGAAAUUUAAGCUUUCUCCAGAGAAUGAACAUUGCAAUAGAUGUGGCUUCUGCUUUGCUUUACCUUCAUCAUCACUGCCAAACUCCUAUUAUUCAUUGUGAUCUAAAGCCAAGCAAUGUUCUUCUUGAUGAUGAUCUGACUGCUCACAUAAGUGAUUUUGGUUUGGCAAGACUCCUUUCAGAAUCUGGCAGGCAAGCUUUUCUUAAUCAAUUAAGCUCAGCUGGGAUUAAUGGAACCGUCGGUUAUGCUCCUCCAGAGUAUGGAAUGGGCGAUCAGUUAUCAACUAAUGGUGAUGUGUAUAGUUUUGGGAUCCUCUUGUUGGAGAUAUUCACUGAAAGAAGACCCACUGAUGAACUGUUCAAAGAUGACCUGAACCUUCACAACUUUGUCAAGUUGGCAUUGCGGAGACAAGUAUUGACACAAAUUCUAGACCAAUCAGUUUUGAACGAGGAAGGAGAAACUAAGAACAUGAUUACAUGUUGGAGUGACUGGACAAAUGAAGAAAUUGAAUGCUUGAUAUUGGUCUUUAACAUUGGCCUUGCGUGUUCAGCAGAAUCUCCAAGAGACAGAAUGGACAUGACAAGAGUUUCCCUGGAAUUGCUUUCAAUUAGAGACAAACUCCUUGAAAACAGAACUCAUGAAUAG